GUUGGAACAUGUCUGCUGAUGCAGCAGAAAAAGACCAAUUCCUUAGGCUGGAUUCUCCCAUGAACAACAUCACUUCUUCCUUGGGCCAGACAGCCGACCUUCACUGCCAUGUGUCAGGAAACCCAACUCCCAGUUUCCGCUGGCUAAAGAACGACGCUCCGGUGGUCCAGGAGCCACGGCGGGUUUCCUAUCGACACACAGCAUACGGAUCACGCCUGCGUAUCCGUAACCUGGACACCACGGACACCGGAUACUUCCAGUGUGUGGCCACUAACACCCAAGGAUCUGUGUCCACCACAGGAAUUCUCUUCGUCAAAUUUGGACCAGUCCACUCUCCCCUACAUAAUAUAAGAUCAGAUUUUGACGAGGAGGGAUUCUGCCAGCCCUACAGGGGCAUAGCGUGUGCCCGUUUCAUCGGUAACCGAAGUAUCUUUGUGGAUUCUCUACAGAUGCAGGGGGAGAUUGAGACUCAGAUCACAGCGGCAUUCACCAUGAUUGGCACGUCCAACCACCUAUCAGAUCGCUGUUCCCAGUUUGCCAUCCCCUCCCUCUGUCACUUCGCCUUCCCCACGUGUGACCAGAGUUCCGGCAUUGACAAACCACGGGAUCUGUGUAAAGAUGAGUGUGAGAUUUUGGAAAAUGACCUCUGUAAAACGGAGUAUAUCAUCGCCCGCUCCAAUCCCAUCAUCCUUAAACAGCUCAAACUGCCCAACUGUGAUGACCUGGCUGCGUCCGACAGCCCGGAGGCAGCCAACUGCAUGAGAAUAGGCAUCCCCAUGGCUGAGUCCAUCAACAAGAACCACAAGUGCUUCAACAACACUGGCUCUGAGUACAGGGGUACGGUGAGCGUGACCCAGUCAGGGCGGCAGUGCCAGCCGUGGAACUCCCAGUACCCCCACAGUCACACCUACCUGGCCGUGCGUUACCCUGAGCUCAGCGGCGGGCACUCCUACUGCCGUAACCCUGGCAACACACAGGAAGCCCCGUGGUGUUUCACUCUGGAUGAGAAUAUUAGGAUGGAGCUGUGUGAUAUUCCAUUGUGUGACUUUAAGGAGAAGCGGGGCAGCAGCAGUGCAGACAUUCUCUACAUCCUGGUCCCCAGUGUGGCGAUUCCUCUGGCCAUUGCUCUGCUGUUCUUUUUCAUCUGUGUGUGUCGUAAUAACCAGAAAUCCUCCCGCCCUCCGGCCCAGCACCAACCCAAACCGGUCCGUGGCCAGAAUGUGGAGAUGUCCAUGCUCACAGCCUACAAGCCCAAGAGUAAAGCCAAGGAGCUACCUCUCUCCGCAGUGCGCUUUAUGGAGGAGCUUGGUGAAUGUGCCUUUGGUAAGAUCUAUAAAGGUCAUCUGUACCUGCCAGGAAUGGAGCAUGCUCAGUUGGUUGCUAUAAAGACGCUGAAGGAUUUCUCCAGUGCUCAGCAGUGGGGGGAAUUCCAGCAGGAGGCCUCUGCCCUGGCAGAACUGCACCACCAUAAUGUAGUGUCCCUGCUGGGCGUAGUCACACAGGAGCAGCCCGUGUGCAUGCUCUUUGAGUUCCUGCCACAUGGAGACCUGCACGAGUUCCUCAUCAUGCGUUCACCGCAUUCCGAUGUGGGCUGCAGCAGUGAUGAGGAUGGCACCAUCAAAUCAAGCCUGGACCACGGAGACUUCCUGCACCUGGCCACCCAGAUUGCAGCAGGCAUGGAAUACCUGGCCAGCCACUUCUACAUCCACAAAGACCUGGCCGCCAGGAACAUCCUAGUAGGAGAGCAGCUCCACGUGAAGAUCUCAGAUCUGGGUUUGUCCAGAGAGAUUUAUGCUUCAGAUUACUACCACAUACAGCCCAAAUCCCUGCUCCCUAUCCGCUGGAUGUCUCCGGAGGCUAUUGCAUAUGGGAAGUUCACUGUGGAUUCAGAUAUCUGGGCAUUUGGUGUGUUGUUAUGGGAGAUCUUUAGUUUUGGCCUGCAGCCCUAUUAUGGCUUCAGUAACCAGGAGGUGAUGGAGAUGGUGAGGAAGAGGCAGCUUUUGCCAUGUCCAGAGGAUUGCCCUCCACGCAUGUACACCCUCAUGACUGAAUGCUGGCAGGAAGGGCCUGCCCGCAGGCCAAGGUUUAAGGAUAUUCAUGCCCGUCUGCGGGCAUGGGAGGGUUUGUCAUCCCACGCCAGCUCGAGUACCCCAUCAGGGGGCAACGCCACAACUCAAACCACCUCUCUGAGUGCCAGCCCAGUUAGUAACCUCAGCAGCCCUCGAUACGCAGGCUAUAUCUACACCGCCCCACAGGGCAUGACGCCCGGGCAUAUCGCUGGCUUCAUGACUGCACCAGUGCCACAAAGCCAGCGUUUCAUCCCCGUUAACGGCUUCCCCAUUCCUCCAGGCUACGCGGCAUUUCCUACUGCUCACUACGCACCUGCUCAGGUGUCCACACGGGUGGUGCAGCACUGCCCUCCGCCCAAAAGCCGCUCACCAAGCAGUGCCAGUGGCUCCACUAGUACAGGCCACGUUACCAGCGUUCCCUCCACAGGCUCCAACCAUGACGCUAACACGCCGCUACUCUCACACUGCGUCACACUGGCACCCAUGCCCACCGUGGCUGGAGGGGCUGUGCCUGUGUUUGGACACAUGUCCCAGAAGGCCGUGCAGAUGGACCCUGCUCAGGCAGCCCUGCUGGCCGAGUCCAGCAGACUCAUGUACAGCGACACUGUCAUCACUGCAGACCUGUGA